AUGGCGCAACAAUUAUGGAUUAGGAAAUUGAAAGAUAAAUUUCGUAUAAAUAAAUUUAGAAAGUUUCAAGAAGAAAUCAUUACCAAUAUUAAAAAUGGUAAUGAUGGAUUAUUUGUGAUGCCAACAGGAAGUGGUAAAUCGUUAUGCUUUCAAUUUCCUACGUAUCUCGACAAUUACGAUGACAAUGGUAAUGCUGUCAUUAAUAAACGAACAGCAAUUAUCAUUUCGCCAUUACUUGCUCUUAUAGAAGAUCAGGAUAACUAUCUACAACAGUUACGCUUUCACACAUUAAAAGUGACGGGCAGCAAUUCAGAAGCUAAUGCAUUGUUGGAGGAUAAUUUUUCAAGGGCAGAUAAAAUCAAUGAUAUUGAUUUCAUUUUUAUAACGCCAGAAAAAUUAUUUAAAGAUGAGGAAGUGUUGAAGCAAUUGCAGAAGGCAAAUAAAUGGGAAAAAUUAUCGCAUUUUUCACCACAUCCAAUGGAAAGAAAUUCGAUCAAUACAGAUCAUUCAGUGAUGAUCACUGCAGCAAAUAAUCACCAUGCUCAACCCUCCGUGUUGGUCGAGCAACAACAAGGUCAUAUUGCCAAUGUCACCCAGGCCGUUACCAUCGCAGACGAUCCUCCUCAACAACAACAGCCGCCAAUUGUUGAGGAGGAUAAUAUUCCAAACAGAGAUCGUUUAAAGGCAACAACAAUAACUCGUGAUGAAAUUCCCCUAUUACAAACAGAAUUGCAACUCGACCAAAAUUGCAUUGUAAAUUAUAAUGAUGGGGAAUCGGGAAUUAUUUAUUGUGGGACAAUUGAAGAUACCGAAUAUUACAAAGAAUUACUAAGAAUGAAUGAAAUUUCUUGUAAACGGUACCAUGCAAAAUUGUCGAAACAAGACAAGAAUGAGAUUUUCCUUCGAUGGAAGGAGAAUGUUAUUCAGGUUUUGUGCGCGACAAUAGCAUUAGGUAUGGGUAUUGAUAAAUCAGACACCCGAUUUGUCAUCAACACCACAGUUUCCAAUUCUCUGGCAAAUUAUUGCCAAGAGACGGGAAGAGUUGGUCGCGACAACAUUCCGGGUGAUUGCAUUUUAUUUUACCACUACGAGGAUAUCUUUGCAAAAAUGAAGUUAUUCAUUAGUGAUGGCUCGUAUACUCGAGAAAUGAAAGUAAAACAUAUAAAAGAAAUGCUGUUAUUACUAGGAUACUGUGAAAAUCAACAGCAAUGUCGAUAUAAAUUUAUAAUUAAACAUUUUGAUCCUCUUGCAGAAAAAUCUUUGGAUCCAAAUUGGCAAUGUCGUAACUGUGAUAUUUGCAAAAAUAUAUUUCUUCCACAUAAACACCGUAUCGACAUUUCUAAGCUUGCAACAGACAUGAAAAGUUUAAUUAUAAAUUUGGAAAACACAAAAAUUCCUAGAAAUAAGAGACUUAACAUCAACGAUUUUGUACCUUUUCUUUUGGGGAAGACGACAACGACAAACAGACUGCCGCACUUUUGUCAAAAUGUAAAUUUCGGAUGUCUCACCUCUUGGAAAGAUGGACAAAUUUGGCGAUUAUUUGCCAAUCUAUUGGGUUUAGGUGUCUUAUCAUUAGAUUUUUCACCAGACCCAAUGGAAAGAAAUUCGCUCAAUAAAAAUCAUUCAGUGAUGAUCACUGCAGCAAAUCAUCACAAUGCUCAACCUCCCGUGUUGGUCGAGCAAAGUCAUAUUGCCAAUGUCACCCGGGCCGUUACCAUCGCAGACGAUCCUCCUCAACAACAACCGCAACAACAACAGCAGCAAUACAUUUUAUUCUAA